AUGCAGCAACAAGGGGAUCAGCCCUCAAUCCCAGAGCCGGGAACUCCACCUCGUCCACCUUAUUCCCCGGUGACACCCGUGUUUGCCCAUCUCGCGCCUGUCGCCUCCAAUGAGCCAUCAAUCGUACCGCCACCUGCAUCUCCCUCUCCAACCUCACACCUCCCUGCACAGACAUAUGCCAACUAUUCACACACCCCGCCUCCUCCGGCCAAUCCACCCGUCUUCAAGCCCCGACCGCCCCCUGUCCCUAUCUCCGAGAGCGAGAAUCCAGAUGCCAUCGCGCUCCGUUCCGCCAUCUCGAUCCUGCAAAUGCAGAAGCAGCAAAGUUUACGCGACAUCCAGGCUUUAGAUCGCAUGAAAGAGGCCGCCGCUGCUGAUCCAGAGGCCUUUGCGCGCGAGCUGGCAGCAGGUCGGUUGAAGACUGAGGACCAUGGUGCUGUGAUUCAGUUUUCCGAGGACGAUGCGGGGGACGAUGAAGAUAAUGAAGAAGGAUCAACACGCACGAAUCCAGACGGCUCGCCAGCUUCGCAUUUCGGCCAUAUCCCCGUUCCCCAGAAUAUCGUCCGUAUGCCUCCAAUCAACUGGGCCAAGUACCAGGUUGUGGGAGAACCGCUUGAUCGCAUGCACGAAGAGCAAUUACAUCGACCGAGCUCUGGGGAGCCGGGACGAGGGCGCGCGCCGGAGCAUAUCUUGGCGUCGCCCUAUCGGCCGCUGGUAGAUCAGUUGGAAGGACCCCCGAAACUCGGCCGUCCCAGCAAGGCAAAGAAGACUUGA